AUGCCAAUUUCGGCCACAGUACAGCAGUAGUUAUCUGCUGCAGUUGGCACUGUACAGUACCGCAAAUGAUCCCCAACCGCAAAUGAUCCCGAGACCGCAAAUGAUCCCCAACCGCAAAUGAUCCCGAGACCGCAAAUGAUCCCCAAAAUGGACCGCAAAUGAUCCUCGACCGCAAAUGAUCCCCAAAGUCGACCGCAAAUGAUCCCGAAAGAAAAAUGGGAAUGACUUGGACUCAAGUUAGCGGAUCAUCAUGUCGAUUUUAUUAUUAUUACAAUAAGUCAGGUUAAAAGCUAAAUUUUACUUCUCAAAUAAAUAUAUGAAUAAAAACUAAAUGAAAAAAAUCAUUCAAGAGUAAAAACGAAGUCGGUAGGCAACACACGACUUUUACCUCAUGCUAAAAUGCUGCUUGUUCCAAUGACUUUUCUCCGGCUCUGGCGGGUAGAUUAUACCUCUGAGGAAAACGUUUUGACUGAGCAAAUAUGAUUUUUGCCGCUUGUUUCAUACCGAGAGGUCAUGACACGCAUUUUCUGCGGUUAUUGUUGUUUCUGGUCGGCAUGAUUUGCCCUUUGAUGCAAGAGCAUUUCCUUUGAACUCUUUUGAAAUGCAGUGCUCUUCAUCGCCGCUAAAUAAGGGUUUUAGGUUGUUUAAUUUUCUCCUAAGUGCCUCCUGGAUCCAAAUAAUCAUAAGCGAUUUUGUUUUAGUCCGUGAAUGUGACGGUUUCUUACGAUGUUUUGUCACGCGAUAACUACUGCUUACCUGGCUUUGCGUUUCUCAUGAUCAUUACCAGGUUUAGAUUCCUGGUAACUGUCUUCAGCAAAGCACAACAAAUGAAUAUACAUAAAAACGCUAAUAUAACUAUUCACAACACGUUCAUGAGAUGUAAGAAAGUUGCAUGCCAUUUCGAAAUAAACCGCAACCUGAAAACAUUGAUAAAUUCGGGGACAUUUUGACUUGUGUUUAUGUUAAAUCAUGUAUUGUUUCGUAACGGGCACCUAAGUUAGGAACAAAUGUCUUGCGGUUUAUCACGUAAAAUUAACACUUCAGAAAAUACUCUGGCUGAUUAAUUUCACGCUUUCAAAAAGAUCAGUAAAGUCAAUAAAGCUCUUGUUAGGUGGAGGGUGCCCGGCUUUGUAUUCCUCAGUAGAAAAGUUGAGCUUCUAGGCGUUAAAAUAAUUUUUCUGCGUAACGUCCUGCCUGUCUUAAAUUUUUCAAAAGACGAAACCAGUUCUUGAAGCAAUCGACAAAGGAAGAAGUAUACGGUUAAUACCACACCUUUUCAGAUUUAUUCCAUUUUUUUUUCGCCUUGUAUAAACUGACCUGAGAUGUAGCGUCCUCCUUCCCUUUUUCUUUAAAAGGCGAGAGAAAAAGGUUUCUUUUUUAUAAUCAGUCCUUUUUUGUAAUCAGUCCCAUAAAAUCCAUUCCAUUCCUCAAGUUUUCACGGGAUCAUUUGCGGUCGACUUUAGGGAUCACUUGCGGUCGAGGAUCAUUUGCGGUCCAUUUUGGGGAUCAUUUGCGGUCUCGGGAUCAUUUGCGGUUGGGGAUCAUUUGCGGUACUGUACAGCACUCCUUCCAUUUCAAUGCAAGGCCUUCCCGCCAUUUCUGUUCAAGGGUUGUCGGAGUCAUCUUUGGUCAAUCACACGGCACAUUUGGACACCAUUGGCAUACACCAACCUUGGUCUUCAACCAUUACCUCGGCAUCUCAGCCAUUAACUGCUGUUGGGUCCCUGCCUCUGAAUACUUCGACCACUUUCACUUCUCUACCAGUGGCUUUGCAGUUAAACGCUUUGCCAGGUACGUCCUCAUUUCUUGCUGUUCCACCUUUUGUAUCUGUGUUUUCCUUUGCUAGUUUGCCGUUCUCAGCACUUUCUUCGUCCACCGUUUAUAGCCUACCCAGACUACCCACUACAGUCAAUUCUGCCUUUGCUUUGCGCCCAAUUGUAAGUCAAACUGUGGUUCCUUCGUUGGCAGCUUUGCCCCUUCAGCAACCGUUCGUGGUCAGCCCCGGCUACUCGCCAGUUGCUUGUAAGGGUGUCUCUAAAAUCACUUCAGGAAAAUGUGUCAAUUUGGAAGAUUUGUUGGCUGAAAACAUUCCUCCCAAUGAGCCCGAACUGCAACUCUGGUUCGACAGCCAGGUUGGUUUUGUCGCACACACCCAAGAAGCCUACGCGUCACAUUUCUGA